AGGUGUGCCUUAUAUCACCGGGAUCACCCGUUCGGAGAUCUUGGCUUACAAAGAAUAUGUGGCUGCGGUGGGGACCCCCUGAGUCUGAGUCUGACCCUAAUCUUUGUCCUCUUUUUUCAAUUGAUAUGGAAGUUGAGCUACCUUGUAAUUUUUUUGAUACUCACCGCACGACGGAAGUCUCAGUACUAGGUGCUCUUAAGUCAUUACACGGUACCUUGGUCUCUGAACACGACGAAAAUAAUGACCGUGAUGCAGCAAGAAGGGACGAUAGCAUCCACCACAUGCCUAGGCCUCUACCACGAUCAUGGCAGGGUCGUGUACAAUUUCGAAGUGUGCAAACGAGAACGCCUUACUGCUUCGACGUGUUGCACAAGGCCUCAUCAAACUGGGUUUCGAGCGCUCGCGUGUACUUCGUGACACGUUCGUUACAGCGAGACGUGGCAGUGUAGUUGCAGUGGUCACCGUUGCGCAGUAUGGCGCCACGAAUGAUGCGGCGUCGAAGGCGGCAAGCCAACGCCGUGUUCGGAAGCAGCAUGAGGACUUUAUACGAGAGCACAAGCGAUCACAAGCAGAAACGAGCUGCGCGAGGACACAAGGAGAGAUUGGGCAGCUUGCCGAAGGAACAACCGGAAUAAAAGUCCUGGGCGCAAUUUAUGGGAUCCGUGUUUCUGUUUUUUCGUUCACCCUAGUUCAUCUCUCUUCAGUUGUUCUUAGAUAGAUGUUUCAUUCCGAAAACCGCUUCAAAGAACAAGGACGAAUUAGAAACACGACUGCGACAUUCAUACUAUCCUACCGCAAGAGCGUGUCCGGUUUUCUGAUCUUGCUGCGCUUGGAUCUAUACUUGGCGCAUAUUUGCGCAAAGACAGGCAUCGGAAGGCUGUGACAUUAGAUAGAGGAAAGGGAUGUUGCGACUCCGUGGAAGUGAUUUCACCAGAUACGAAGGUGAAGAUGGCUCAAUCGGGAUCAUUGAAUUCAGCGACGAGCGAAAUGACUGGCACCUCGCUCCUCAAAGAGGUUGCAGCAACGCCAGCGUUGCUUUUUUCGAAUCCAGAAAUGAACGCUUCCAUCCAACAUCGACUAGAGCUGUUCCACGAGGACCGCAGUGAGCACCACGGAGAACUUCCGUUCGCUCAAAGAUUUUCUCUACAUGACUGCGUCACGCUGCUCGUCACCUUGGCUCGACCGCACGUGACUGGCGUGGACCUUGACUACUGCGUGGGGGAGGACCUAGAGGGAUUGUCAUCCCGUGGUCGUUUAGCAAGUUAUCUGGCACAAGAGUUGAUUCUGGGUUUUCCUAAGCUGCGAAACCAAGAAAUUGCAAAUGCAGUAUGGGCUGUCGCGAAAAUGUUUGGAGGGGAAAAACAGGAUAAUGUUGCAGCUUCGGAUGUUCUGGAGGAAAACGUCGCUGAAAAGAGGAGAUCAUUCGCUUCAGAAGAAGAAAGUUCAAGCUGCCAUGAUUAUGUUUUCCCGUCCAACGACAAGCAGGUGGCCAACAAUAGAACUGCGACUUUUUUCCCUGUGAAGCUGUUUCUACGGCAAGCUGCACUCGCACUUACAGAUGGCGCGAGAUGGCAAGAAGCUCCACACAUUUUAUGUAAAAAACGAGAAGUAGACCACUGGCAACCCAGACAUUUGUCCAACAUUUUAUGGAGCUACGCGGUACUUGGUCAUGUGGAUGCGCGGUUGUUUGAUAAGGUUACUCAGGCAUUGUUGUUGGGUGAUUUCAAAGAGCUACCAAACUACCAAGACCUCUCCAACGCAGUGUGGGCGCUAGCAAAGGUCUCUUAUUGGAGUUUCGAAUUAGCUCUGCGAGCUCAGGAAUUUUUCGUAUUAAGUAACAGUGGAUGUGGAACUACCUCCACUCCUAACAGUGGAACUCGUUUCGUAAGUACAACCAGUGGAACUCGAACUACCACAACUACCAGUCCUCGCCCGAGCGAAGUCGCAGCUCUCUGUUGGGCUCUAGCUGCUACCGCAAAAGCAGACGAUACGUGUCGUUUAGUCGCGAAUCGAGAUGGACCUCAGAUUCCUUAUAUCUCGCUUGAAUUCUUUAAGUGGGUUGCGAGCAAGUAUAUGUAUAUUGUCGACAGCGACAACUGUCCUCCGUCAAGGACUACUGCUCACCGAAAACAAAGCUCUCCGAACAUGCGGCAACGAUGUAUGGUCGUCGUUCUACACUCUUUCGCGACACUGGGGUUGACGCAUAGCUAUCUUGUUUACAAGGCCAUGGGGCAGCUUGAACCUGGUGCUUUUUCUCCACAGGACGUUAGCAAUGUGGCAUGGAGUUUGGCGUACUUGGUGGGUGCUGGUGAAACAAGCAAAGUGCUGAAAGGAGAUUUGCCCUCUGCAUUUCUGAACGACUUGUGGCGACGAGGAAAGCAGGUGGAACGGAAAAUGAGCAACACCCAGUUCUGCACUUUUAUAUGGGCUAUAAGUGUCUUGCGGACGAAUCUUGCGGCAAUGGAAGGUAGGGCUGCAAUACCUACUCACAAGGACCUUGAUUUCAAAACUACAAACGAAGUAGAACAGCCACCAGUAGGGGAGGACCCUUUUCAGGUCGACUUAAGCGGAGAUAUUUCUGGAGAAGACGAGAAGGAGGGACAUGAUGUUCCUCCUUUUAUGAUAUUAGGUUCAGGUGAUCUUUCUUCUACCGCAGAUGAGUUUCAGAAGAUACGAAAAGCGCUGCGUCGACGAAACAAUUUUACUUCAGAAGAUUUGGUCCAGCUAUUUUGUGCUUUUACCGUUUUUCCGCACCUCCUAGCAGAAGAGGACUUACUGAUGAAGCAGGCUGAGCGCGCAUGGCGCAGACUUUAUGAGGACAGCAAAAAGACAGCCUUGACUGACCUUCAGGAGAGAGUGGAAGGGCAAUUGCGGGAAUCUUCUUCGUUUCUACAGGAUUUGCUUUGUCGUCAAGCUGCUCAAGAACAAGCACCUGAACGAGAGCUUGUAUGCGACAGCAGGAGCAAAAGCGGGACAGAAGAGGCUUUUCGAUCUACUUCACCGUCUACCUCAAAAGAGCAAGAACUACAUCCGGCAGAUGCAGUAUCUUCAUCUGCUCUUCAUCGCGAGGUCGAAAUCCUUAACGAUUUCACUGUGCCUGGUACUCAUCUCGAUGCGGACUUUGCUGUUACGUUCCUGGAAAAGGAUUCCGUCACCAAACAAGUUCUGGUCGAAGUCGACGGGCCCAGCCACUACUUGUACGACGUUGGCCAGAAAAAAUGGCUAGAAAAUGGCCCAACGGCGUGUAAACGACGGCUGUUGGAAACAAGAGGCUAUAGGGUAGUCAAUUUGAACUGGAGGGAAAUAGAAAAGCACUGUGGUGGUGGUGGUGGUGGAAGUGAUGCAGUCGGCUUGGCUUCAUCAAAAACAGAGCAUUAUGGCUGUCCAAUAUCGGGUAAAGCGAAUUUUGGCUUUUUGAACACAUAA